AACCACAAACAAAAUCUCUUACAGUUCAAAACGAUUUCGAGAACAAAAAAAAUGGCUUUGAAACUAACUUCUCCGCCUUCAGUUUUCUCACAAUCAAGGAGAUUAUCAUCUCCGUUGAUUCCAGUAAGAUCAAAAUCCACACCAAUAUCAUCUUCAUUCCCCGGAUUCCGAUCGAGAACCGGAGUUUAUUUAAGCAAACCGGCGCUUCCGUCGUCGUCUACGAAAGUGAGUGUGGCGGCGGAGAGUCCUCCGGAGACAAUAACGGCGGAUGAUUGGGGGAAAGUAUCGGCGGUUCUGUUUGAUAUGGAUGGUGUGCUUUGUAACAGUGAGGAGCUUUCUAGACGCGCCGCCGUUGAUGUUUUCGCUGAGAUGGGAGUUGAAGUCUCUGUAGAUGAUUUCAUUCCUUUUACGGGAAAAGGUGAAGCCAAGUUUUUAGGAGGUGUUGCUUCUAUCAAAGGUGUACAAGGAUUUGAUACGGGUGCAUUGAAAAAGAGGUUCUUUGAGAUAUAUCUUGAUAAGUAUGCGAAGCCAGAAUCUGGGAUUGGGUUUCCAGGAGCACUCGAGCUUGUUACUGAGUGUAAGAAUAGAGGCCUUAAAGUUGCUGUUGCAUCUAGUGCUGACCGUAUCAAAGUUGAUGCGAACCUGAAAGCUGCUGGUUUGUCUUUGACCAUGUUUGAUGCCAUUGUUUCAGCAGACGCCUUUGAGAAUUUGAAACCAUCUCCAGAUAUUUUCUUGGCUGCUGCAAAGAUCUUGGGUGCGCCAACAAGCGAGUGUGUUGUUAUUGAAGAUGCGCUUGCUGGAGUCCAAGCUGCCCAAGCUGCCAACAUGAGAUGUAUAGCUGUAAAAACUUCUUUAUCUGAAGCAAUUCUUAAAGACGCUGGUCCGUCAAUGAUCCGCGACGAUAUUGGAAACAUUUCAAUCAAUGACAUUCUCACUGGUGGCUCAGAUUCUACCAGAAAUUCCACAGCAAUACUUGAAGAGAACAGGGCCAGUGAAAAAACCAGCGAUAAUGGGUUUCAGGGCUCUCGACGAGAUAUACUGAGGUACGCAAGUCUUGGCAUUUCUCUUUCUUGUUUCUACUUUGCUGCCACCAACUGGAAGGCAAUGCAAUAUGCUUCUCCGAAAGCUUUGUGGAAUGCAUUGGUUGGAGCAAAAACCCCUUCUUUUACACAGAACCAAGGUGAAGGAAGAGUGCAACAGUUUGUUGAUUAUAUUGCUGAUCUAGAGAGCAAGCAAACGGCUACAACUGUGCCAGAAUUCCCUUCUAAACUCGACUGGCUAAACACUGCUCCUCUCCAGUUGCGCCGGGAUUUAAAAGGAAAAGUGGUUCUACUUGAUUUUUGGACGUACUGCUGCAUAAACUGUAUGCACGUAUUACCGGAUCUAGAUUUUCUUGAGAAGAAGUACAAGGACAUGCCAUUCACCGUUGUGGGUGUACACUCAGCUAAGUUCGACAAUGAGAAGGAUUUAGAAGCCAUACGAAAUGCAGUUCUACGUUAUGAUAUCAGCCACCCGGUCGUGAACGAUGGUGACAUGUACAUGUGGAGAGAGCUCGGCAUCAACUCGUGGCCUACAUUUGCUGUUGUUUCUCCAAAUGGCAAAGUCAUUUCACAAAUUGCCGGAGAAGGUCGCCGCAAAGAUCUUGAUGACUUGGUGGCAGCAGCUCUGACGUAUUAUGGUGGAAAGAAUGUAUUAGAUAGUACUCCGCUUCCAACACGUUUGGAGAAAGACAACGAUCCACGUUUGGCCAUGUCUCCAUUGAAAUUUCCCGGGAAGUUGGCUAUUGAUACUCUGAAUAACAGACUAUUCAUCUCAGACAGUAACCAUAACCGUAUUAUUGUAACUGAUCUUGAAGGAAAUUUCAUCAUCCAAAUUGGCAGCACCGGAGAAGAAGGUUUCCAAGAUGGUUCCUUCGAAGAUGCUGCAUUUAAUCGUCCUCAGGGACUCGCUUAUAAUGCUAAGAAGAAUCUUCUUUAUGUUGCUGACACCGAGAAUCAUGCUUUGAGAGAGAUUGAUUUUGUCAACGAGAGAGUACGAACUCUGGCUGGUAAUGGAACUAAAGGCUCAGACUAUCAAGGUGGAAGAAAAGGAACCAAACAGCUUUUGAAUUCUCCUUGGGACGUAUGCUUUGAGCCGGUGAAUGAGAAGGUAUACGUUGCAAUGGCAGGUCAGCACCAGAUUUGGGAGUACAAUGUGCUUGAUGGUAUUAGUCGAGUUUUCAGUGGAAACGGCUAUGAAAGAAACCUUAAUGGUUCUACACCUCAGACUACAUCAUUUGCCCAGCCCUCUGGAAUCUCAUUAGGCCCUGAUUUGAAGGAAGCAUAUAUUGCUGAUAGUGAGAGCAGUUCUAUCCGUGCCCUUAAUCUUCAAACUGGAGGAUCUAGAUUGCUCGCUGGUGGUGAUCCGUAUUUCUCUGAGAAUCUUUUCAAGUUUGGAGACAAUGAUGGCGUGGGAGCAGAGGUUCUCCUACAACAUCCGUUAGGUGUAUUAUGCGCAAAGGAUGGUCAAAUUUAUCUAACAGAUAGCUAUAAUCACAAGAUUAAGAAGCUGGACCCUGUAACCAAACGUGUUGUUACUGUCGCUGGAACGGGAAAAGCUGGUUUCAAGGAUGGGAAGGUCAAGGGUGCUCAGCUUUCAGAGCCUGCAGGCCUUGCGCUCACUGAAGAUGGGAGGCUGUUCGUGGCGGAUACAAACAAUAGCCUAAUCAGAUACAUAGAUUUAAACAAAGGAGAAGAAGCAGAGAUUCUUACAAUGGAGUUAAAAGGUGUUCAACCGCCAAUGCCAAAAGCAAAAUCCUUGAGACGUUUGAGAAAACGUGCCUCAGCUGAUACAAAGAUUGUCAAAGUGGAUUCUGUUACAUCUCGCGAAGGAGAUUUGAAUCUCAAAAUCUCAUUACCAGAUGGCUACCAUUUCUCCAAGGAAGCGCGGAGUAAGUUUGUAGUAGAUGUGGAGCCUGAAAAUGAAGUAGCAAUCGAUCCAAUGGAAGGAAACCUCAGUCCCGAAGGUUCAACGAUGCUUCAUUUUAGACAAUCUUCAACUUCGGCUUCUGUUGGAAAAAUCAGUUGCAAGGUAUACUAUUGCAAAGAAGACGAGGUUUGCUUGUAUCAGUCCGUACAGUUUGAGGUCCCUUUCAAGGUGAAAUCAGAAUCAUCUGCUUCUCCGACGAUCACAUUUACCGUUAAACCGAGAGCAUCUUAUGCCGGUGGGUUACAGCUUCAAGGUACUAGCUGAACCACAUGAUCACAAUAUGAUUAAAAAACCACAGGUAUAUAUGAAUAUGAUCCAUCAACAUAUAUUUGUGUUAUGUGGAGGAUUGAUCAAACCAACUCAGGAAGCUAAAAAGAAUGUAACUACUUAUAAUCUAUUUAAAUUUUGUAUGAUCUAUUCAUUGGUGUGCCUGUAAAGAUACCACCAACAACAACAAACCUGCAUAUAAUUAGAAAAAAAUACAAAAAAAGAAACCAUCAGGAGAUUAUACAA